GCCGAGCAGCCGCACACAAGAUCACCAUGCACAAUGCCAAGCGUUGGCUGGAGUGGUGUAAAGAUCGCCGCCAUUGGACUCUGGAGCAGUGGAAAUGCCUUCUAUGGAAUGAUAAAUCACGCUUCACCAUCUGGCUCGAUGGAUGGACGAAUCUGGUUUUGGCGGAUGGGGCUGUUUUUCAUGGUUCGGACUAGGCCCCAUAGUUCCAGUGUAGGGAAAUCUUUACGCUCCAGAAGGUCCUUGCUUUCUGGAUCCUUGGGAUGUCCCUACCCCAUUAAAAUGGUUAGGGUUAAGGUUAGGCUUAGGUAAUGGUUAUGGGUAAGGUUAGGGUUAGGGUAGGGAUUAAGGUUAGGGUUUAGGAUAGGGACGUUCCAAGGAUCACGGAUAACACUAACCCUCCCAAAUGACACAGUGAACAAUGUACCAGAGUCUUAAAAUGAGAUUCCAGGUCCUGAUUGGUCAUGAGGAAUCGCCAGACGGGUUUAUGUAAGAAUGGGUAUUAGAAGUUAAGGCAAGAUUAACGGUACACACCGUGCUGCAGCAUUAGACGAUAUGUAGUUGCGUAAUUCUGUGUUGUAAAAAUUCCCAGUGAUAAAUUUCAGAGUUGAACUCACUCAACCCUAAAUUAUAUUCACUGUUGAUAAAUUAACACAGGGGAAAUGCCAUUCAAAUCAGUGAGUGAAAAUCUGGACGCAAACAUGCAAUGUAAAUAGUGAAUAUAUAAGUAUUUUCAAACAAAUGGUAAUUCAUGUUCAUUUUUAUAAUCAUUGCUGUUGAAUCUUCAGUUUCCAUCGUGCAUUCUGUGUUUAAGGCAACGUAUCAGGAAUACACACGUGAACACAAACGGUGUAAUCGUGUCAUCCACUCCGUGCCCCAGACAUGACCUCACAAAGCAUGGCCAUAUUCUCCACCUGGCUAAACCACAAUGCUUUCAUAAGUGAUUGUGACUUUCACAUGGGGUUUUCAUACUAAUCCGGUAGUCUUUCACUUCUUUAAUCUGACCUAAUCUCUUGUCAUAUCUCAUCCCCUUUUUCAAGAAAAUGAGUAUGACAUGGUAGUGCAUAUCAUAGAAAUUCCAAAAAAGAAUAUGGAAUGCAAAGGUUUUGUAUUUGAUGCCUAAAACGAAAUACUGUACAUCCACACAGAAGCAUUCACAGUAAUAAAACAAAUGAAAUAAAGCAAGCGGAAAAGGGAAACUCCAAUAAUCCUGUGGCAUCCCCAAAUAUGUAUAUUAUAAUACCUUUGAUGUAACAUCUCCAAUUAAACAUUUUUAUCUGUUACUGUCUGGCGGAUGCACCGCAGAUAAUACGAUUAAAGGUUUAUUGGGAACAAAAGCCUCUUACAUCAUUGUUGCUGUCCGAAACCUGGUGGUUUAAACAUUCUCUCUUAACAAAGGACUGCCCCUCUGAAUGAAUGGACAAAAAAGCAGGAUAACACAGAUAAAAUAUAACAUUCUCCACAGUAAUGGCAGGAGGUCGGUUCUCACCAGCACUGCUGGUGCUUCUUUGCCAUAUUCUCUUUGGCAGCUCUUCCUUCCAGCCGGCUCUGGUGCUGGACAUGGCAAAAAUUCUACUCAACAACUACUGCUUCCCUGAGAAUCUGGUCGGCAUGCAGGAGGCCAUUCAGCAAGCCAUCAACAGUAGAGAAAUCCUCAAAAUAUCUGACCGCAAGACCUUGGCAUCUGUGCUGACGGUUGGCGUGCAGGGUGCACUCAAUGACCCUCGACUAACUGUGUCCUUCGAGCCAAACUUUGUCCCAGUGAUGCCGCCCGCCCUCCCUUCUCUCCCCACUGAGCAGCUCAUCCGUCUGGUCAGGAACUCUGUGAAGCUGGAGGUCCUGAAGAACAACGUGGGUUACCUGAGGAUCGACCAGAUCAUAGGGGAGGAGACGGCCACCAAGCUUGGCCCGCUGCUCCGGGACAACGUCUGGAACAAGGUCGCCAACACCUCCUCGUUAAUCUUUGACCUGCGCUACAGCACAGCUGGGGAGCUGUCCGGAGUCCCGUUCAUCAUCUCCUACUUCUCCGACCCUGAACCUCUCAUUCACAUUGACACUGUGUUCGAUCGACCCUCCAACACCACUAAGGAGCUGUGGACUAUGUCAUCUAUCAUGGGAGAGCGGUACGGAAAGCAAAAAGACCUCAUCGUAUUAACCAGUAAGCGUACUAUGGGUGCGGCUGAGGCAGUUGCCUACACUCUGAAGCAUUUGAAGAGGGCGAACAUUGUUGGAGAGAGGUCAGCCGGGGGGUCAGUGAAAGUGGAGAAGAUAAGAAUAGGAGAUUCUGGAUUCUACAUCACAAUUCCAGUGGCCAGGUCAGUGAACCCAAUAACAGGCCAAAGCUGGGAAGUGAGUGGAGUAUCUCCCUCUGUAAAUAUCAAUGCCAAGGAGGCUGUUGCUAACGCCCAAAAUCUACUGGCGGUCAGGAGUGCCAUUCCAAGGGCCAUCCAGAGCGUCUCUGACAUCAUCAGGCAGUACUACUCAUUCACAGACAGAGUACCGGCUUUCCUUCAACAUCUGGAAUCCACUGAUUUCUUCUCUGUCAUUUCAGAGGAGGACCUGGCGAAUAAACUCAACAACGAACUGCAGUCUGUGUCAGAGGACCCUCGUCUGAUGAUCAAACUGACCCAAGAUCACCCGGUUAUCAUUGAGGAAGACAUUGAACCUGAGAACAUACCAGGUGAUCCAGCAUUUCUCAGGAAGCUGGUGGAUACAGUCUUCAAAGUACGCAUCCUAACUGGAAACACUGGUUAUCUCCGCUUCGACAAGUUUGGAGACGUGUCAGUGAUGGCCAAAUUAGGAGAACAGAUUGCCCAAAAAAUCUGGGAGGCCCUCAAAGACACAGAGAACCUCAUCAUCGACCUGCGAUACAACACAGGCGGGUCCUCAGCUUCCAUGGGCAUCCUGCUCUCUUUCCUCCAAGACCCGUCACAACAGUUCCACUUCUUCACCAUAUACGACAGGAUCCAGAACACCACCACUGAGUUUAACACGCUUUCCGGCCUCCUAGGCCCACCCUACGGGUCUAAACGUGGAGUGUACAUCCUGACUAGUCACUAUACCGCCAGUGCAGGGGAGGAAUUUGCUUAUCUGAUGCAGUCGCUGCACCGUGGCACCCUCAUCGGGGAAAUCACAUCUGGGACCCUGAUGCACUCCAAGUCAUUCCAGGUGGAAGACACAGACAUUGUCAUCACCGUCCCCUUCAUAAACUUCAUAGACAACAACGGGGAGUGCUGGCUAGGUGGAGGCGUGGUCCCCGAUGCCAUAGUGCUUGCUGAGGAGGCCGUGGACCACGCCCAUGAGAUAAUAGAGUUUCACAAGGAGGUUCUGUCACUGGUGGAGGGGACAGGGGAGCUCUUGGAAGUACACUAUGCCAUCCCUGAGGUCGCCAACAAGCUCAGCAGAGUGCUGCUCACCAAAUGGGCCGAGGGCUCAUAUCGAUCGGUGGUCGACUAUGAGUCUCUGGCAUUCCAGCUAACAGCUGACCUCCAGGAGACGUCAGGCGACCACCGGCUGCACAUAUUCUACUGCGACAUCGAACCCGAGUCUCUGCAUGACAUGCCAAAAAUCCCGACAGCUCAGGAGGUGGGUUACAUCAUUGACACGCUGUUCAAGAUCGAGGUGAUGCCCAGGAACGUGGGCUAUCUGAGGUUCGAUAUGAUGGCAGACAUAGAAGUGAUGAGAGCCAUUGGCCCUCAGUUGAUCAAACUGGUGUGGAGCAAGCUGGUGAACACAGACACAAUGAUCAUUGACAUGAGAUACAACACAGGUGGUUACUCCACAGCCAUACCGCUCCUCUGUACCUACUUUUUUGAUGCUGAGCCCCUGAGGCACCUUUACACCGUCUUUGACCGCUCUACAACCAUCAUGACCGAGGUCAUGACCCUGCCUCAGAUCCAGGGUCAGAGGUACGGCUCCACCAAGGAUAUCUACAUCCUCACUAGUCAAAUGACAGGGUCAGCUGCCGAGGUGUUCACGCGGGCCAUGAAGGACCUGAACAGGGCGAAGGUGAUUGGAGAGCCGACCAUCGGAGGGUCCCUGUCCAGCGGCACCUACCAGAUCGGGAAUAGUAUCCUGUAUGCUUCCAUACCUAACCAGGUGGUCCUGAGUGCUGUUACUGGGAAGUCUUGGGAGGUCACCGGCGUGACGCCUGAUGUUGAGGUCGAUGCUGAAGAUGCCGUGGCCGUUGCCAUUAAGAUCAUUAACCUCCGUGCCGAGAUCCCUGCCAUUCUCGAGGCAACUGGCGCUCUGGUGGCCGACAACUACGCCUUUGAGAAUGUCGGAGCGGACGUUGCAGAGAAGCUGGCAGCAGCGAGCGGUGACUACAACUUGAUCUCUUCAAAGGUGGCUCUGGAGACUAAACUCUCCGCUGACCUCAUGACACUGUCUGGAGACAAGUGCCUGAAGACCACGCACAACAUCCCACCCCUGCCACCAAUGAACCCAUCUCCAGAGAUGUUCAUUGAGCUGAUCAAGGUCUCCUUCCACACGGAUCUGUUUGAGAACAACAUUGGCUACCUGCGCUUUGACAUGUUUGGUAACUUCGAGGAGGUUCAGGCCAUUGCCCAGAUCAUCGUGGAGCAUGUGUGGAACAAAGUUGUUAACACUGACGCUCUGAUUGUUGAUCUCAGGAACAACGUUGGCGGGGCCACUACUGCCAUUGCGGGCUUCUGCUCCUACUUCUUUGAUGCAGACAAGCAGGUCUUGCUGGACAAACUGUACGACAGACCGUCUGGCACCACUAAGGAGCUGUGGACUCUACCUGAGCUCACAGGUGUGAGGUAUGGCUCCAAGAAGAGCCUGAUCAUCUUGACAAGCAGAGCCACGGCCGGCGCCGCCGAGGAGUUUGUCUACAUCAUGAAGAAGCAUGGUCGGGCCAUGAUCGUGGGCGAGACAACCAACGGUGCCUCACACCCCCCUGAGACCUUCCGCGUGGGCGACAGUGAUGUGUUCCUGAGUAUCCCCACCACCCAUUCAGACACAGCCCAGGGCCCCGCUUGGGAGGGGGCCGGGGUCACCCCUCACAUCCCCGUGCCUGCCGACGCAGCCCUGGACACCGCCAAGGGCAUCCUCAACAAGCACUUCGCCGGUGCAAAGAAGUGAAGUCUCUGACCGAGGAUGUUGGCAGCCAAAGGCGUUUAGGAUCUUAUGUUCUCAGAGGAGAGAAGUGAGUAGGGUACCGUUACAUGUAAUUUACCAAAUUUAGGCAACCAGCCUCUGCACCUAAGCCUUCUUUCUGUAGCCUGUUCUCGUUUUGCAAGAAAAUGUGAGAGGUUCUGAACCAGAUUCUGGUUUGUUUUUACUUAUAGUUUUACUUCUGAAAACUACUGUGAUUGCAGAAUGAUUUAAGAAAGUGUGAGUGAUUUUAAAUGUUAUACUGAAAUGUGACUCGUAAAGGAGUGGUUCAGAAACUAUGUUUGUGUUUGAGUUACUGAUCCACUAGCCUUUGUGGCAAUGAUUUGUCAAAGCAGCUUCGAUCUUUGGCUGUCAAAAAUAAUGUGAAUUGUAAAUUGUGCGAGAACAGGAAAGCUGAAACUAGUUUAAAAAGCAGUAUUGGAUCAAACGCUGAAAUAUUUUUAAUUACAUAUUUGCUUUUCCUACGAUAUUCUUAUAUAAUUUCAAGUAACAUUGUUAGGACCUUUACAAACAAAUUGUCCUGUCUGUUGGGGAAGCACUCUUAAAUUUGAUGCAGGGUCUUUUUGCUGUGUAUGGGAAGUAGUGUUGUGUCCAUACACAGUGACUUGCCAUGUGAGGACAUUUGGGUUGUAUCAAUUCCAAUGGUGGGACACAAUAAAGGCAAUGGAAACACAAUAAUAAAUCUGUGUAUUGUUUUAUAACAGAGGUUAGGAGUUGAUCGAGAAAACCAAGCAGCUUUUUAUUUUAUAUAACACCAAACACAUUAGAAUUUCUACAAUUCCUACCAGAUUUUCUCCCGAUGGCAAUUAAACACACCAACAAAAUGGAAUCAAUCCCAGCCAUUGUUACACGACUUUCCGUUACAGCCUCUUGUAAUAAUCCAAA